UAGGAAAACGCUGUGAAAUUUGCGACCACGUAGACGCUACAUCCGGUUUGUGAGGUCAGUCUCUGUGCUGCCGCCAUAUUGCAGCGGGGACCGUUCAAAUAAACGAGUAGUAGAAAAUGCCAGACUUUUGUUCUGUGGUUGGAUGUUCUAAUGGAAGAAAUGCCCAAACCAAGCAGCAGGGAAUAACAUUUCACAGGUUCCCAAAAGAUAAGGUUAAAAGACGGGCAUGGACAGUAGCACUGAGGAGAAGGGACUUUGAGCCACAUGCCCGCUCAGUUGUCUGUAGCUGUCAUUUCAAGCCUGAAGACUUCGACAUGACUGGACAGACAACUCGUUUAAGGGAAGGAGCGAUCCCGUCAUUUCCUAACCAUAUUAGCAAAGUGCCGAGUAGGCCUACACCAAGGUUAAGCAGGACCUCACAAAAAGCUGCUGCAGAAUGUCCUGAUGUUCCCGUUCAGCUGUCAGAGGACCUUCAGAAGUCAAACUCGGAUCAUCAGUAUGCCCUUGACCCAGUUAAAGUAAAAAAAAAGUUAACUGAAGCUCAGGAGAAAGUGGAGGAAUUGCAACGGGACUUAAGAAAUGCCAAGGAUCGGGAAAGAAGGAAUAAGAAGACAGUGAAAUCCCUGCAAGAGGAUUUAAAACACAAAAAUAUGCUUACCAAGGAACUGCAGCAGAAACUUGACUUCCAUUCUGGUAUUUGUCUGUGACUGGUUUUAUCAUCAACAUUGACACAUAACCCUGAUGAUAGCAGAGCUGCUGUGUGCACAUACUGAUUCAGCCAGGACCAUAUGGAGUUUAUCUUUCACUUCAUCAGGGCCUCAGGUGGAUGGAACAACAACCUGAGUGUGGUUCACUUCCAGAGUGUAUUCUGCCAUCUCAUGGUCUGAUGCAGCAUUUCUCAAGGAAACGCAGUGGGUACGUCCCUGGUCCUUAAAUUGCAUCCAUGUUUCCUUCAUUUGCUUCCCUUCCUCGCGUCUUAGGCCAUCCCACCACCGAGGAAGCAUGGGAGGGACGCAAGGAGAGAGGAAACAAGGAAAUGUGAGAAAUUAAACAUUUUUUCCUCUGACGUUUCCCAUAAAUUUGUCAGCUGUAUGGGUGUAGUUAGCAACGGCUUUAAGCUGCACGGCUUCCAGGAAGGCUGCUCUCGUGUAUCCUCGGUCAUAGCUCGUCAGAGAUCCCUCCUCGAUCCUUUGUCCUCGCUUCUCGGAGCAGGAAUAAGAACUUUGAGAUGGCCUUCAAGAAGGUGGACCAGAACGACUUCCAGUUCAAGCUAGGAGCGAGGAAAUAUCAAAUUAGAGAUUUGGGAUCCACCCAGUGUCUGUCAAUUGUGGACAUGUCAUCCGUAGUAGUGCCAUCUGAGGACUCUGACACUGCAUUGAUCCUCUUCAUUUGAGAAUGUUGCUAGUGUGUGUUGGACCACAGCUACCUGUCCACCUGUCCACUAGCUUUGGGUGCCAAACCGAGAAUGCUCUUGUUUAUAUUGCAGGUUAUGAAGCAGAUUUCAUGUGAUGUAUGCUGUAACCGUUUCAUUAACACAUCUGUUACAGUAACGGCAGCUUUUUGUGAUAGCUACCACCUGCUAACCUUGGAAAACAAUAAAGGCCUGAUGAUUCCAAGUAUAGCGUUGCAUCCGACAGACCACAAACAUUUCAUCUGCAGCACAUCAGUGUCCCUGUUGAGCCGUGUCGUCAGAUCAAUCAUAGGUUUAAAAGCUGCGUUUGAUGUUUUUGACCAUAUUGUGGAAACUCAGGAUAGCAUUGACAACCAUCACCUUAGCCUCAUCUCUUUAUCUGUGAGCAGCUUUCAUAAGUUGAGGCAACACCAUGUAGUAAAAAUUCACACUCUACAGUUUCAGAGUGGCAGUUGAAGAAUGCAGCUAUGUAAAGUAGUGUUGUUGGGCAAUUGGAUAAGAAUGUCUCUGUCGUGACUUUGUGAGUGAAAAAUAACUUUUAUACAUUUUUAUGAGAUUAGGACUAAAUUUGUAUUGCUCACCUCUCUUGUAUAAACAACAUAAAUUAUUUCCCUGGUACUUUCAUUUUCAGUUGCACCAAACUGUAUUGGUUUAUCAGAAUGUGUAACUGUUAGACUGCAACUCUGCAGAGCCCUGCUGAUACACUGUACACAGUUUUUGUAAAAAUGUGUGACUUAAAAUGUAAAUGAGCAAAAUAUGAAUAUUACACUACACACAAAAAAACCCACAUUAAUCAUCUCAUGACCCUGCAGAUUUAUCUUGUGACGACCCCUAGUUUGGUAAUCACUGGAUUAAACUAUAACUGUAGGCCAUAUAAAGUAUAGUAUAGUUUCACCCUUAGUAUAAUACUGUUAUUUGUCGUAUCAGUCACAAGGGGCAGAUUUUUUUUU